UUUAGGCCUGUGUAAGAAGUGUUAUGUUGUACGGUAGUGAGACAUGGGCAGUGAAGCAGGAAGAUCUUGACCGUUUAGAAAGGAAUGAUAUGAGAAUGGUUAGGUGAUAUGUUGGGCAGUGAAGGGGGUGUUGGAAGAAGUGUUACUUGCAGGAUAGGUUCUGCUUGGAAAAAUUUUAGAGAGUUACUUCCUUUAUUGACUAGCAGAGUCCUGUCAAUUGAGGUAAAAGGUAGGUUGUAUGAGGCCUGUGUAAGAAGUGUUAUGUUGUACGGUAGUGAGACAUGGGCAGUGAAGCAGGAAGAUCUUGACCGUUUAGAAAGGAAUGAUAUGAGAAUGGUUAGGUGGAUGUGUAAUGCCAGUCUGAGAGACAGAAAGAGUUCAGAUGAGCUAAGAAGCAGGCUAAGUCUCUGUAGAAUUAAAGAUGUUAUCCAGAUAAGAAGAUUGAAUUGGCUGGGGCACUUGGAAAGAAUGGAGGAGGAUAAUUGGGUAAGAAAGUGUAGAGACUUGAUAGUUCCUGGGGCAAAGCCCAGAGGCAGACCGAGAAAGACUUGGCAGGAGGUUAUAAGGACAGACUUGAUAGAGAGGAAGUUGAGUUUAGAUCUAACACCGUCUAGAUCAGAUUGGAAAAGGGUCAUUAAUAUACCCCGUCCAACCCAUGCUAGCAUGGAAAACGGACGUUAAGCCGAGAAUGAUGAUGAUGAUGAUGAUAAGUACACUUGAAAAGGGUUUGAUUUUAUUAAGUGUUCUUUCUUUUUUUCUUUAGAUGUGACAAGUAAGCCAGCAAUUCAAAGUGGUAUUAUCUUGUUGGAUGAAGACCAGAAGCAUAAUGUUAACACAGGCAUAACUUGUCCAAAAUUGCAGCUCAUAUGUGAUGAUAAGUGCAUAUCGGUUUGAUGAACCCGCAGUUAAUAAAAUCCUGGCUGCAAUAACACUGUUUUUCAGUCAAAAGAUUGAAUUUGUGAUGAGAAUUUCUCACACAGUGUUUAUGUGAGGGCUGUCUUUAAAACCCUCUCCUUUUUUUGUCACCAGAUAAUGAAAUUAUCUUGUGUGUGUCUUUUUUUCUUGGAAAACUAAGCAUUAGGUUGAGUCUUAAGUUUCCAAUAAUUUGAACCUUUAAUGUUUUUAAGUUUUUCUUGUUUAAUUAACAGGUUUGUUUCUAUAUAUAAAGGACAUUUGCUAUAUUUUCUUACAUGUUUUUUCUUAGGCAUUUGAUAUUUGUAUAGUUCAGUAAAACAUUUUUACUGUAUGUUUCCUCUGUUUGCAUAAGUUAGAAAAUUUCCACAGUCUGCUAAACC